UGUCACCAGCCUUCGUCAACAUAGCGCUCAAAGAUCUCUUCCUGAGUGAGUGUGUCUCUUAAGCUGACGAUAAGCCAGACAAGCUGCUUCCCGUCACCAUGAGAGCCAAUAAGCUGGUGUUUGCCGUUACACUUCUGUGUGUGUGGUUCAGGUGUGACGCCAAGUCAUUUGAUGCUAUCAGCAAGUGGCAAGGCUUUGAUCAACAACAAGAUCUCGUCUUUGGAGCCCAGGGUAGUCAGGUGGUGGAGCCUGGCGAGACUGCCAGCAAUAACAGUGAUACUAAAACAACGACAAUGAACUUCGAAAACACUAAGGCUCUCACUCGACAAAAUACAGCACCUGUAUCUGAGUGUGACACCUACACUUAUCUCCGCCCAUUUUGCCAGGCCGUGAUUCAGUCUGAUAAUUACCCUGGAAAUUACUUCAAUUUUACAUUUCAGUUAUGGACCUUCGAAACUGAUGAGGGCAGUACACUUGAUGUCACGUGUGGCCCAAUCGAAUUGGAAGAAAUAUUUGAUCAUUUAUAUUUCUUCCUUCCUGCCAGUGUAAGUUAUGAUGGAGUUGUGGAAACCGGAGUGCAGCUUACCACCACCGGGAAUAAAUUGAUAGUCCUUUUCCAGACAGAUUUUUCAAUUGUAUUUUCUGGCUUCAGUUGCACUGUUAGUGUUUAUGGAGCCACCGGUGAUGAAUGCCCCAUCGACUGUGGAGCCACCGGUGAUGAAUGCCCCAUCGACUGUGGAUGUGGAAUCUCCGACGCCACUGAAGGAAGUGGAGCAUUGGCGACUAAAUAUCCCUGGCAGGUUGCCAUUUUUAAACUGAGAGGCCAAAAUUUUCACUUCAAAUGUGCUGGAGUAAUAUUAUCUGACGUGUGGAUCAUGACUGCUGCCCACUGCGUUGAACAAUCUGACCACCAUUUCGUACGGGUGGGUGACGCCGACUCAGAAGCUUUCUUUUCAGUCGAACAGAAAAUAAUCCACGAAAAUUAUGACAAUCACUUUGAAGGAUACGACAUAGCCCUCCUCAAGAUGGGGAUCUCACUAGACUUGAGCGACAAUGGCCUGGCUCCAGUGUGUCUACCAGCGGAUACGAACCAUACCUACGAGGGAGAAAAUGCCGCUGUCAUUAGCUGGGCUCGUACGAAAAUAGAUCAAGGAAAAUUUGCGUCGACCCUGCAAGAAGUAGAUGUGGUAAUCCGGACAAACGAGGCUUGUCAGAAGAACAAGAAUGAAGAUAUUCCCGACAUAUUCUUCUGUGCCGAAACGUAUGACAAUGUCCUCUGCAACAAAGACGACGAAGGCGUACUGAUCUACAACAAUAGUGGCAUUUAUGAAGUCAUUGGUAUUAUGUCAACUGAUCAAAAUAAUUGCGGUCAGAACAGUGCCACAUUGUACACCAGAGUUCCUUCCUUCUUCAACUGGAUACAAGACAACGCUGAAGGCAUAUGUGUUUAAGCAACAAGCUGAAGUAGUGGGCUUCCUGUUCCUACCACUCACACACCUACUGCCUCUCUGCCUGACUCACCACCACCCAGUUAUCUCUGCCCCUGUUCCAUCCUGCUUGACCGCCUGACUCCCAUCACUUUAUUUUCUGAUUGUCAUGAUACCAUCACUACAUACUGUAUCUUUUGAUCAUCACAAAAUAAAUUAUUAAUGUAAAAGUAUAAAUUUAUAUUAAUGGAUACAUUUUUCUGAUUGUCAGUCUUGUAUUUAUUAAAAUGCCGUUUCUGGUUGUUAUAUCUGGAUUUAUUGUUACUCGAACCGUUUCUGAUUACCAUGACUGAAAUUGGUAUUACACUAUCUUUUGAAUAUCUUAAAGCCAACUGUCAUGGUUUUGGGGUGGUUCGGUAGUGGUAGGAGGGGAUUAUAUUUUAUAAAGAUAAUAUUAUGUCGUAUUUCUUAUUUCUUACCGUAGAGUCCGAUACCUUCACACUGAUUACUUACAGGAGAUUAUGGCGUA